UACCGCAACCACUUUUACAUUCCUAAUUAAUAUUAAUGUCAGUCGCAACUACAAAAUAUUUCUAACCUUAAACAUACGUUUUGUUGAUAUUUUGAUGUUCAUUGUAAUGUUUAUAAAAUCACUAUAGUCUUACCAUGUUCCACCAGUCUCAACCAGAAAACUCCGACCUAUAUUCUUACAAUGGACUCCCAAUUAACAAUACCUUUCCCCAGGGAAACAUGUUUGGUGUUUACAACAGCCCAGCAGGAUGCAGCUAUAAUCAAGUGAGGUACCAAACGAAUUAUACAAGUUACAGCAUGUGUCAGGAGUCUCAAGAACCAAACUGGGAUGUUCGUUCGAUAUUUGAACCAGAAAAAUUAAAAGGGUGUGAUAAACUUGAUAUAAUAGAGAUCACAAAUAAGGAUUUGAGCCCUAUUAGCUACUGUAGUGAUCUUUUACCUGAUGUUCUUAAGAACAAUAAGGAUCCUACUUUUUAUAACAAAUAUGAUAAUCAAUGGUUUAACAAUUAUAAUCAAAAAUUGUAUGAAUAUCCAUCUUGUGCACAAGUAAACAAAAAUUGUUUACAAUCCAACAAUCAGUACUGUAUGAUUCAGAAAGGUACUACAUUCUAUGAAUCCACAGAUACUUAUAAUAAUAAAAAUGCACAGGAAACUACUGGAAUCAAUGAUUUGGCAUCUUGUACCUAUUAUGAUAAAAAUCAAGACUUCUCACAGUUCCAAGAAUUAUUUUUUACUCCACAAACCAGUCUGCCAUUUGAACAACUCAAUAUUGAUCCAAACAAUGAUGAUACAAAUGAAGAAAGUGACAUAAUUGUGGAGGAAUCUGAGGAUGACGUGACUGAUUACAGUGAAGAUCAUGAUCACCAAACCAACAAAUGUGUGAUCUGCAAUAUUUCCUACACUCCAUUAGGGACACAGUUUUACUUUUUAACAUCAGACACUCCUUUAACUAUGACAACACAGAAACCCGUAUAUGAUAAGAUUGUGAGUGUUGUGGGGAAAAUAACAACUAAGACCAAUUAUUUGUGCAGUGAGUGUUUGGGAUUAAUAAAUACCAUUGAUCAUUUGGGAUUUAAGUUGGAGAAUUUUGAACAAGAAUUUGUUACAAAGUUUAAUAAAACCUGUCAAGAGAACAAUAUUGAACUGAAUAUUAAAGAAACUAAUGUAAAAAAGAGAAUUAAAUACAAAAAACGUAAAAGGAUGUUGUGCUUUUAUAAAUAUUGUGUUCAUCAUUCAAAGAAACAGAUGCGUGAAAAAUUUCUCUGUGAAUUGUGUGGACUGAGCUUCAAAAAAUAUAUUUUGUUUCAUUAUCAUAAAAAGAAACACUUGGCCAAAAGAACAGUAAGAAAUAAAAUAUAUUCAUAUAACUGUUCACAAUGUAAAAGGCAAUUUAGAACAAAAACAAAUCUGAAAGAACACGAAAAUUAUUGUUUGGGCACUUUACCUUUUAAAUGUUCAGUACAAUCAUGUGAUAAAAAGUUUGCUUCAUCCAGUAAAUUGAAAAAUCAUGUUAAACUGAAGCAUGAAAAGAAAUUUAUAGCCAUUUGUUCCAUUUGUAAUAUUGGUUUUGUUAAACUGUCCGAUUAUAAGUCGCACAAAAUUUCGCACAGUACUGACAAAAAGUAUUCCUGUUCCAAGUGUGACAAAACGUACAAAACAUUAAGCAAUCUGAACUUUCACAUGAAAGUUCACAAUGAUAAAUUGCCUUUCAUCUGUGAUAUAUGUAAUAAAGGGUUUUUAAGAAAGGAAUAUCUGGAAGCGCACAUAAACAACCAUAACGGAAUUAAAAACUUUUAUUGUUCGCAAUGUCCCAAGAAAUUCGCGUCGCAGAAAAAUUUGGAUGCACAUUCAAAGUAUCACGACGGCAGCAUAAAGAAGAGUACAUGUAGCAUUUGCGGUAAAUCGAUGACCACUGGUUUCGAGGACCACAUGCGGAUACACAACAAUUUGCGGGAAUUCGAGUGUCCGAAAUGCGACAUGAAGUUCAAUACAAAAGGGACUCUCUCAAAACACAUUAAAAUAAAACAUAGUUGUAAAGAAAAUACAUCCUGAUUAAAAGAA